GGACGGAUUCCCGCCUCCGCCGCCGCCGCGCCUCCCCGGCACUACAACUCCCACGAGGCAGCGGAACGCCGCUCCCGUGCCGACCGGCCACCCUGCAGCAGGUCCCGGCUGCCGCCGCGGGGGAGGGGCGCAAAGAUGGCGGACGUGGCCGUGGGCAGAGACAAGUGCGGGGAGCAGCGCAUCGUGUCGCUGCCCCUGUCCCGCAUCCGGGUCAUCAUGAAGAGCUCCCCCGAGGUGUCCAGCAUCAACCAGGAGGCGCUCAUGCUCACGGCCAAGGCUACGGAACUCUUUGUGCAGCACCUGGCCACCUGCUCCUACAGACACGGCGGCGGGAAGGAGAAGAAGGCGCUCACGUACAACGACUUAUCCAACACGGCAGAGGAGUCGGAAACUUUCCAGUUUCUCGCAGAAAGUACCUGUUGUGGAACGAGCCGUGUGGCUGGGGCUGAACAGAGCUCAGUCCGCCCCUGGGGCCGGCGGCCCGUCUCAGGUAGGUGGGUGGGCUGCUCACAGGCCGACCAGCACGUAGAAGCAGCAGAGGUUCGCAGUGACGCGGAAACAGGUCUCCCGCAUUCGGCAGGAGGUCGCCCAGAGGACCCGGAGUCUGACUUUGUGUCGUUUCGGAGCCUGCUCCAGAGGUUGGAGCAGGAGCCAGGACAGUUCUGAAAUGCUGCUGUGUUCAUGGCCCGCCACAGGCAGUCGCUAAUGCUAGCUUUGUGUUUUUAAGAUAUAUUACCGAAGAAGAUACUAGCUAGUAAGUACCUGAAAAUGCUUAAGGAGAAGAGGGACGAAGACGAGGAGGAGGAGAAUGUCAACAGUGAUGACAGCGACGACGAUGAAGCGGAGUCCUAACCCUGAAGCUCCAGACAGUCAGCCUGCUGAGGACCCUCCCGGAGCAGCACCGUGGUGGUGGUUUUCUCACUGGUUUUUUAGAGAGAGGGAAGGAGGGAGGGGAGAGGAGGAGAGCGAGACACGGGUUUGUCGCCGCGCUCCUCCGUGCGUUCCUCGGCUGCUGCUUGUCUGUGCCCUGCCCGGGGCCCCGCCCGGGCCGGCGCCGCUGCUUUAAAGCAUGCACAGCGCUGCGCGAUUUUAGCCUCACCUUUCAGACUCUGAGUGCACGGUGCUCCUUCCCGGCUGGGACAGAGCGUCUGCGGCACCCGCACCGGCGGCGGCCGGAGGAGAGUGGUCAGGCCACACAGUGGCUGGAGGGCUCGGAGGAGGAGCUGCCCGCACAGUCAGCCCACGCGCAGCCGCACACUGUGGCGGCAGAGACAGCUCCGCUGAACUUCCCACUCACAGGCAGAUUCUGAAGAGCUUCUAAGUGUCAGUCACGUGCAAACCACUAGAUCCAGUUUCAGCUAAAAAUGUAAUGUGUGUUGUAUUUUGUUACUUUGUACAUAGUAUCUUACACUUGCAAUUUUGUAUUUCAAGAAAAUUUGUUAGAAUAUUUGCCCAAAUACUGCAUUUUUAACUGUAAAGACAUUUUUCAUUAAAAGUUGUCUGUAUAUUUACAGUAAAGUGCUCCGUAGGUUUAAUUUUGUUGUAAUCCAUCUGUUCUGUUGCCUUGCUUAGUACCUCAGACCUUUUUGAAAUU